AUGGGGAUGGAAAAUGGGACACGGGCAUCUGAGAAGAAAAUCUGCUUCGUCCAGGACCUGCAUGAUGAGGUGGACUUCCAGAGUCCAGCAGGAGGCCUGUGUGAACCACAGACCAGAGUGGACACCUGCCCUUCUGUCUUUAGCCAGAAGGCUCAUGAGGCUACUGUGACCACAGCCGCACUCUUCCAGCCAGACAGUCUGCUCUGGGUGAUCACUACAGUAGAGAAUGUUGUGGGGAGCAGAGAUUGUGACCUUGCCAUCUGCAGCCUGAUCGCUGUGAGCAGAGACAAUUCCCAGGACCUGUACUGGACUCUGGGAGAUUCAGAGACCCAGGAUGCCUCAGGGAUCCUUUUCUGCAACAUGAAACUUGGGGGUUGGAUAUGGUGGACCAUCCUGUCUGGCCCUAGGGAAUUGGUUGAAUGAGUACUGGAGGAGGUGCCCCAGCAUCCCCAUGUGGCUGGAACCCAAGGUGGCCCUCUCAUUCUGGAGGUGGGCUGUGGGUCAGGAGCUGUUUUGCUCAGCCUGUUGAACCAGUCCCUUGAGAGCCAAGUCAUUGCUGUGGAUAAGGAGGAAGCCUCCAUCAGACUUACCCAGAACAAUGCUCAAAGGCUUAGGAUGCAGGACAGAAUUCAGAUCAUCCCCUUGGAUGUUACCUUAGAUGGGAGCUGGACACUCCUGCCCUGUGCACCCCUGUACCCAGUUUUCAGCAAGCCUCCCAAGGUCUUCCACCAGGACAUGGAGCAGUUGGCCCCGGAAGUCCUCAGACCUGGGGCUUGAACUCAAGUCGUGGCACCUCUGCCUCAGCUCUGAUCAUCCUAGGCUGCAGCCUCUGGACCCAC